AUGAGGGGCCAGGCCGCAGCCCCGGGGCCCGUCCGGCUGCUCCGGCUCCUCCCGCUACUGCCGCUGCUGCUGCCGCUGCUUCUGGGGUGCGGGACCAGGGCGGCCGGCGGCGUGGCCGAGGCGGGGCCGGGGCCUGAGCCGUGCGCCACCUUGGUGCAGGGCAAGUUCUUCGGCUACUUCUCGGCGGCCGCCGUGUUCCCGGCCAACGCAUCGCGCUGCUCCUGGACCCUGCGGAACCCAGACCCGAGGCGCUACACGCUGUACAUGAAGGUGGCCAAGGCCCCGGCGCCCUGCGGCGGCCCCGGCCGCGUCCGCACCUACCAGUUCGACUCCUUCCUGGAAUCCACGCGCACCUACCUGGGCGUGGAGAGCUUCGACGAGGUGCUGAGGCUGUGCGACCCCUCGGCGCCCCUGGCCUUCCUGCAGGCCGGCAAACAGUUCCUACAAAUGCGCUGGCAGCAGCCGCCGCAGGACAUGGAGCCCCAGCCCCUCGACGGGCCCCCGGGCCCCGGCGACGACUUCUCCGUGGAGUAUCUGGUCGUGGGCAACCGGAACCCCAGCCGUGCCGCCUGUCAGAUGCUGUGCCGCUGGUUGGAUGCCUGUCUGGCCGGCAGCCGCAGCUCGCACCCCUGCGGGAUCAUGCAGACCCCCUGUGCCUGUCUGGGCGGGGAGGCCGGCGGCGCCGCCUCAGGACCCCUGGUCCCCCGUGGGGACGUCUGCCUGAGAGAUGGCGUGGCCGGGGGCCCCGAGAACUGCCUCACCAGCCUGACGCAGGAGCGGGCCGGGCAUGGAGCCGCAGGCGGCUGGAAGCUGUGGUCCCUGUGGGGCGAGUGCACGCGGGACUGUGGGGGCGGCCUGCAGACACGGACGCGCACCUGCCUGCCCGCGCCGGGCGUGGAGGGCGGCGGCUGCGAGGGGGUGCUGGAAGAGGGCCGCCUGUGCAACCGCAAGGCCUGCGGGCCCGCUGGCCGCGCCAGCUCCCGGAGCCAGUCUCUGCGGUCCACAGACGCCCGGCGGCGGGAGGAGCUGGGCGACGAGCUGCAGCAGUUCGGGUUCCCUUCGCCCCAGACGGGCGACCCGGCGGCCGAGGAGUGGUCCCCGUGGAGCGUGUGCUCCAGCACCUGCGGCGAGGGCUGGCAGACCCGCACGCGCUUCUGCGUGUCGUCUUCCUACAGCACGCAGUGCAGCGGGCCCCUGCGGGAGCAGCGGCUGUGCAACAACUCGGCCGUGUGUCCAGUGCAUGGCGCCUGGGAUGAGUGGUCGCCCUGGAGCCUCUGCUCCAGCACCUGCGGCCGUGGCUUCCGGGACCGCACGCGCACCUGCAGGCCCCCCCAGUUUGGAGGCAACCCCUGUGAGGGGCCCGAGAAGCAAACCAAGUUCUGCAACAUCGCCUUGUGCCCUGGCCGGGCUGUCGAUGGAAGCUGGAACGAGUGGUCCAGCUGGAGCGCCUGCUCCGCCAGCUGCUCCCAGGGCCGGCAGCAGCGCACGCGCGAGUGCAACGGCCCCUCGUACGGCGGUGCCGAGUGCCAGGGCCACUGGGUGGAGACGCGAGACUGCUUCCUGCGGCAGUGCCCAGUGGACGGCAAGUGGCAGGCCUGGGCCACGUGGGGCGGCUGCAGCGUCACGUGCGGGGGCGGCAGCCAGCGGCGGGAGCGCGCGUGUGCCGGACCCUUCUUCGGGGGCGCGGCGUGCCAGGGCCCCCAGGACGAGUACCGGCAGUGCGGCACCCAGCGGUGUCCCGAACCCCACGAGAUCUGUGACGAGGACAGCUUUGGCUCCGUGGUCUGGAAAGAGACACCGGCGGGAGAGGCGGCUGCGGUGCGGUGUCCCCGAAAUGCCACAGGCCUCAUCUUGCGGCGCUGUGAGCUGGACGAGGAGGGCAUCGCCUACUGGGAGCCCCCCACCUACAUCCGCUGUGUCUCCAUCGACUACCGGAACAUCCAGAUGAUGACCCGGGAGCACCUGGCCAAGGCCCAGCGGGGGCUGCCGGGGGAGGGGGUCUCGGAGGUCAUCCAGACGCUGGUGGAGAUCUCCCAGGACGGCACCAGCUACAGCGGGGACCUGCUGUCCACCAUCGACGUGCUCAGGAACAUGACCGAGAUCUUCCGCAGGGCCUACUACAGCCCCACCCCCGGGGACGUGCAGAACUUCGUCCAGAUCCUCAGCAACCUGCUGGCGGAGGAGAACAGGGACAAGUGGGAGGAGGCCCAGCUGAUGGGCCCCAACACCAAGGAGCUCUUCCGGCUGGUGGAGGACUUUGUGGACGUCAUUGGCUUCCGCAUGAAGGACCUCAGGGACGCGUACCAGGUGACCGACAACCUGGUCCUGGGCAUCCACAAGCUUCCAGCCAGCGGUGCCACGGACAUCAGCUUCCCCAUGAAGGGCUGGCGGGCCUCGGGCGACUGGGCCAAGGUGCCCGAGGACAGGGUCACGGUGUCCAAGAGCGUGUUCUCCACGGGGCUGGCAGAGGCCGACGACUCCUCUGUGUUCGUGGUUGGCACCGUGCUCUACCGGAACCUGGGCAGCUUCCUGGCCCUGCAGAGGAACACGACCGUGCUGAACUCCAAGGUCAUCUCGGUGACCGUGAAGCCCCCGCCUCGCUCCCUGCUCACCCCCUUGGAGAUCGAGUUUGCACACAUGUACAACGGCACCACCAACCAGACCUGCAUCCUGUGGGAUGAGACCCAUGCACCCUCCUCCUCCGCCCCCCCGCAGCUCGGGCCCUGGUCGUGGCGCGGCUGCCGCACGGUGCCCCUCGACGCCCUCCGGACGCGCUGCCUCUGUGACCGGCUGUCCACCUUCGCCAUCUUAGCCCAGCUCAGCGCCGACGCGACCAUGGAGAAGGCAGCCGUGCCAUCCGUGACGCUCGUCGUGGGCUGUGGCGUGUCCUCCCUCACCCUGCUCUUGCUGGUCAUCAUCUACGUGUCCGUGUGGAGGUACAUCCGCUCGGAGCGCUCUGUCAUCCUCAUCAACUUCUGCCUGUCCAUCAUCUCCUCCAACGCCCUCAUCCUCAUCGGGCAGACCCAGACGCGCAACAAGGUGGUGUGCACGCUGGUGGCCGCCUUCCUGCACUUCUUCUUCCUGUCGUCCUUCUGCUGGGUGCUCACCGAGGCCUGGCAGUCCUACAUGGCCGUGACCGGCCGCCUCCGGAACCGGCUCAUCCGCAAGCGCUUCCUGUGCCUGGGCUGGGGGCUGCCUGCACUGGUUGUGGCCAUCUCCGUGGGAUUCACCAAGGCCAAAGGCUACAGCACCGUGAACUACUGCUGGCUGUCCCUGGAGGGAGGACUACUCUACGCCUUCGUGGGACCGGCCGCGGCCGUCGUGCUGGUGAACAUGGUGAUCGGCAUCCUGGUGUUCAACAAGCUCGUGUCCAAAGACGGCAUCACCGACAAGAAGCUGAAGGAGCGGGCAGGGGCCUCCCUGUGGAGCUCCUGUGUGGUGCUGCCGCUGCUGGCGCUGACCUGGAUGUCGGCCGUGCUCGCCGUCACCGACCGCCGCUCCGCCCUCUUCCAGAUCCUCUUUGCCGUCUUCGACUCCCUCGAGGGCUUCGUCAUCGUCAUGGUGCACUGCAUCCUGCGGAGGGAGGUCCAGGACGCCGUCAAGUGCCGCGUGGUUGACCGCCAGGAAGAGGGCAACGGGGACUCGGGGGGCUCCUUCCAGAACGGCCACGCCCAGCUCAUGACUGACUUCGAGAAGGACGUGGAUCUGGCCUGUAGAUCAGUGCUCAAGAAGGACAUCGCGGCCUGCCGCACGGCCACCAUCACCGGCACGCUGAAGCGGCCGGCGCUGCCGGAGGACGAGAAGCUGAAGCUGACCCACGCCAAGGGGCCGCCGUCCAACUUCAACAGCCUGCCGGCCAACGCGUCCAAGCUGCACCUGCACGGCGCGGCGCGCUGCCCCGGCGGCCCCCUGCCCGACUUCCCCAGCCACUCGCUGACCCUCAAGAAAGACAAGACGCCCAAGGCCGCGCUGGCGGGCGACGGGGACAUCUUCAAGAAGCUGGACUCGGAGCUGAGCCGGGCCCAGGAGAAGGCUCUGGACACGAGCUACGUGAUCCUGCCCACGGCCACGGCCACGCUGCGGCCCAAGCCCAAGGAGGAGCCCAAGUACAGCAUCAACAUCGACCAGAUGCCCCAGACGCGCCUCAUCCACCUGAACAUGGCCCCCGACCCCGGCUUCCCGGCGCGCAGCCCCCCGGCCCGCGAGCCCCCCGGCGCGCCGCCGGAGGCACCCCCCGCACAGCCGCCGCCGCCCCCGCCCCCGCCCCCGCCACCGCCCCCCGCCCUGGAGCCGGCGCCCCCCAGCCUGGGGGAGCCGGGCGAGUCUGGGGCGCACGCGGGCCCCAGCGCGGGGCCUGCGGCCAAGAGCGAGAACGUGGCCACCUUGUCCGUCAGCUCCCUGGAGCGGCGGAAGUCACGGUAUGCAGAGCUGGACUUCGAGAAAAUCAUGCACACGCGGAAGCGACACCAGGACAUGUUCCAGGACCUGAACCGGAAGCUGCAGCACACCGCGGAGAAGGAGAAGGAGGCGCUGGGCGCGGACAGCAAGCCCGAGAAGCAGCAGACGCCCAACAAGCGGCCCUGGGAGAGCCUCCGGAAAGCGCACGGGGCGCCGGCCUGGGCCAAGGAGCUGGAGCCCUCGCCGCUGGAGCUGCGCGGCGUGGAGUGGGAGAAGGCGGGCGCCACGAUCCCGCUGGUGGGGCAGGACAUCACGGACCUCCAGACCGAGGUCUGAGCCGGCGCGGGCCGGGCGGACGGAUGCUGCUCUGCCCGCUCCUGCACCGGACAGGACGGGCGCCGACGCUCGCGGGCCGCGGGCCAGGCCCGCGCCCCGGCCUCAGGGCUCCCGGCGGCGCUGGGACCGGAGCCAGA